UCUAGGUCUUCCUCUUUCGCUCGUGACCAGUUAAGUGGUGAGGGGCAACAGCGGGCAGCCACGUCGAGGACCAUAUGCGUGGCAGACAAUAGUUUUCAAGGUGACAACCUGAACCGCUUGUGCAUGGCUCUGCGAUCAUGCAGUGGUGUAACGGAGUUAGACUUGUCCAGUAAUUCUCUCGGAGACCCAGGAGUUUUGAAGAUCCUGGGACUAGUCUCAGAUCUUAAAGCAUUACAUUCCUUGAUGUAAGUAAAGGUCAUCCUUUCUAUACAUUUAUCCGAUGGCAUUUUUAUAUAGCUGUGACACUGGGCUAGACCUCAGUGAGGCAGCUCAUUUGCAUCUGGACUGUACCGCUUCAAACUGGAUGUUGGAAUAGUUAAUUUUUAGACUGCAACUCCCAGAUUCUCUUGGCCUACAAUGGCCUACAAGGGUCUCCGCUUCAAACUGGCGAUGGAGGGGGUUGUGCUGGUAAAAGCAAUGAAUAGACUAGGUAUCUAAUGUUUCUCCUUGAGCUGUUUUUCAAAAAUUGGGUUUUUGCUCUGUGUGUCUGUGAUGGUUAUAUUGAUAUGGAGGGCUAUAAAAGGAGGGUGAAACUCUACUACUGCCAAUCCUGGUAUAGAGAGUUACAAAAUGUGCCAGUUGACUUGGGUAUAUUGGGGCAAGCAAAAAAAUACCUUUAGCAUGAUAUUUUGUAAAAGGGUUCCUUCAAAUGGUGAAAGAUGCCUCUUAGCCAUGUUUUACCAUUGCCCUCAACUGCUCGCCUUGUGUUUCAGGGUGUGACUACACAGGAAAGCUAAAUCAUAGCAAUUCAGUUUUGCUGCAAUUGGAUUCCUCGCUUGUAUUACAUUGGAAAUCACAAUCAGUGCUCACACAGGGGCUGUGGAUUGAUUUGGGAGUUCAUCCUUCAUACUAGAAGGGAUGCAUUUUGCAUUCCAGCCCACCAUCACCCUACGGUUGAAGCUGCGUCAAGGAAUUCCGAGCGACUGGGCCUAAUUUUGUUCUUGUGCAAAAACGAAUUAUUCUUGCAUUCUUAGUGACGGAAGCUUUCUUUCGGGUUUAUUCUUUUCUCUUUUUUUAAUCUCCUUUUUCCCUAGCCUGGAUCAUAAUGACAUAUCCCUCAAUGGUGCCUUCUGCUUGGUAGAAUCCUUCUCUGCUUCGGAAUGUAUGGCCUCGAUGCAAUUAGGUUUGGGAAGGGCCCAGAAAGUUUAUGUAACAUUUGGGGAAACCACCAGUCACCGCCCCGGUUGGGAGCAUCAGGAGGACCUACGGGAGCAAGCAGUCCAUGGCCGCUGCUUUUGUCUUGCAGAUGGCACACUGACUCCGGAGGAUGUUGUCCGGCUCUUCAGUAUUCUCAUCAAGUGUCCUGGCUUGACAGAGAUUAACUUAUCUAGGAGCUUGGUGAAUGAGCAAAGCCUGGAACAGCUGCUGGUCUUCCUGCCCCGCCUCGACAGCCUGAAGCUUUUGAGUAUCACAGAGAAAUGCUUAACUCAAAACAGUGUUCUUUUGCUGGCCAACUCAUUUAACCAGUGCAAUAGAGUCUGCGACGUGGAAGUCAGAUCGAGUAAAAAGGCUAUUCUGCAUUUUGUGGAAGGCGAAGGAAAUCAAGAAAUACACUGCAAGCUGGUAGGUUGCGGCAUCGGCCAGGACGGUAUGGACAGGCUGUGUUCCAUCCUCGAGACGGGCGCUCAUCUUGCAGAAGUGGAUCUUUCUGGCAACCAUCUUGGCAAUGAAGGAUUGAGGUAUCUCUUAGAACAUUUGCCAAAGACCCAGGCCUCAUGCCUCAUAAAGAUCAGCCGCAACGGGAUCUCUCAAGAUGCAGUUCUCCAUCUUGUUAAUGUCCUCACCAUGUAUCCAAAUAUGGCAGAAGUUCAUGUGAGUCUGGGGUCCGAGGAAAUGCUGUUCUUCACCUUACGGAGAGAAGUUAACCUUCAGAAGAUUGUGAGGCUAAAUCACUGCAGCUUUCACGGAGAACAGCGGGCGCGGCUGAUUGCUGAGCUGGAGAAAUGUACGACCUUGAGCGAUGUCACUUCAACCAACAAUGGCAUGACACUCAGCAAUAUCGAAGAUCUGUUUCGGGCCAUGAGGAAACCAACAGGAACACUAAGAAUAAGCAUAAAAGAAGCAUGGGUGGAAAAUGAAAGUAUCGCCGUCCUUCUGAAGUUGGCUGCCGAAGGCCAGGGGAACAUCACAAGCAUCACGAGAAACCACACUCUGUGGGUUGUGGAUCAGGAAUUUCCUCCUCUGGUGGGGCAAGCAGAAUCUGUGGUUCGCAGGUUGCGUCCAAAUGACCUAGAAGCCAGAGGAGUUCACUUCCGGCCGAAGCUCAUAGAAAAAUGCAGACAGCUCCAGGCUUUGAACUGUUCCCAGGUAGAGUUUACAGAUGCUGAAGCAGAAAUAGUCUCGGAUGCCCUGUUGGAUUUUCCAGCAUUGAAGAAGCUUGAGUUAACUUGUUGCAGAUUCUCUUCUGCUGGAUUCAAGCGGCUGGCUGCAGCGUUGCAUCGGUGUCAUGCCGUUGAAGAAAUUGACUUUUCCAAAAGUGAACUCAGUGUGGACGGAGCCAGGGUGUUGCUCACAGUACUAGAAGGCAAGCAUCACUUGACGAGCUUAAGCCUUGGACCUCUGAAUCUUGGCAGUGCAGAUAUCCUGAUCCUGAUUUCAGCGCUUUCCACGUUAUCUUCCCUGAGACGACUUAGUUUGACCAAUAGCCAUCUCAACAGUGAAGCCUGCUAUUGCCUUGCAGAGGCUCUGAGGAAGGCUGUUCACAUGGAAGAAAUAAAGUAGGUCCAUAUUUUUCCCGCGAGUUUUCCCACCAGGCUGGCUCUGGUCACAGAAUUGAGCCACAUGGAGAAAAUGUUUUCAUGCAGAGAAUCUCUCCUUCAGCACCCCAAGGUUAUUGCCAUGGCCUGCCUAAUGGGAGGGCCGGCCCUGAUGUUGCUUUACUCGUCUGCAUCUGUCAGGCGGCCCCUAUUGAGACCUUUCAGGGCUACAGAGGAGAGGAAAUGCCCAGCUGAGCUGCCUCAUCAGUUUUAUCCACAUUGAAAUGGGUGCAGAAAGUGUAUCAGGCCAUCAGAAUUGCGUGUUGUAUAGUUGUGAUUAGAUUAUCUGUUCACAUUCCUACUGGCUCCUGUCUUUAAUGGGAGAAGAUAAGAGAUAGCCAGGUGAAAAAAAAUGAACGCACAUCAAUGAUAAUGUGAAUGUUUUCUUUGCUCUUAACAAGCUA